AUGGGUACUGUUGAUAUCAUCACUGGAAAAGUCAUUGCCUUCCACGUGGCUGAUGAGUAUGCUGUUUUACGGGAGACGUUUGAUAUGAUUAUUCCCAACAUGUCUAAGGAUGUGCUUUAUGGUUUGGAGGGAAAUGCUGCGCGGAAUCGGCAGAGGAAUGUUGAGUCCGGGGAGGAAGGAUUCCAGCAGCAGUAG